ACCAUGAACUCCAACCAGACCAGGUAGCUCAGAUUUUUUUAGUGCCGACUAUAUUGAUUCUAAAGCCUUUCCAUUCACAUUCACAUGCUCUCCCACCUUCCUCCCCUUGUGUCAAAACCGUCUGAGCUCCUACUGCAACCAGAUCGCCAGAGCGGAGCCACUGGAGAUCGCGAUGUCUGGAGUGUUCUUGUCCCUGUCCGUCGGAAGAGCAUGGGAGAAGCUAACCUCUUUGCUGCACGCGUUCUCGGCGUCCUCCUCGUCCUCGGCCAUCCAGGAUGACCUACAGGAGCUGAGGAAGCUGGAGAGGACCAUGCGCAGGAUCCGGGCGACGCUGCACGACGCCGAGGAGCAGUGGAACAUCCGCGAGGAGUCGGCCAAGCUGCGGCUCAGGGAGCUCAAGGAGGUGGCGUGCGACGCGGAGGACGUGGUGGAGGAGUACGAGUACGAGGUCAACCGGCGCAAGGUGGAGGCUCUCGAGAGAUAUGCCGGUGUUCACAGCACCAGCAAGCGCAAACGCCAGGAGGAAAAUGAGCGUUAUUCGAUGGAUACUGGUUUAGUAGCUCUUCCGUGUGAAUUGGUUCUUCGAGCAAGGGAAAUUGCAGAUAGAUGUAAGGAGAUCAUACAUUACUCCAACCAUUUGACUUUGUCAGAGAAUGAUGGAGAGAGAAGGCUCAUUCCUGACAUUAGUAGUUUGCAGCAUACUAGCUCUCUUGUAGUUGAGAAGAACAUUGUUGGGAGAGACCAAGACAAAAGGAAAAUUAUUGAAAACUUGUUGUACGGAGAAGAAAAAAAUGUAGGGAGUCCUGUUUGCGUCAUGGCCAUCGUUGGUAUGGGAGGUUUAGGGAAGACAACACUAGCACAACUUGUGUAUAACAACCUGAGGGUGCGCCAGUCAUUUGACAAGCAUGCUUGGAUUUCUGUGUCAGAACAUUUUGAUGUCAAUACAAUAACAAGGAAUGUCUUUAGUUCACUAACGAAUGAGAGGUGUGAGCAUACAGAAUUUGCUAAUCUUCAGAAGAAAUUGGCAGAUGAAAUAAAGGAUAAGCGGGUUUUACUUGUGUUGGACGAUGUAUGGAAUGAGAGAAGAGACCGCUGGGAGUUGUUUUGUAUGCCUAUGUCAACCACAAGGAUUUGUCAGAUGAUAGUAACCACUCGUAGUGAGGCAGUCGCGAGAUUGAUCCAGACUGUGCCUUUCUACCACCUAAAGUGCCUAAGUUCUGAUGAGAGUUGGUCAUUGUUUAAACAAGCUGCAUUUCCUCUUGACCACGGCUAUGACGCUCCAGCAAACCUGGUAGAGAUUGGCAAGAGUAUUGUCAAAAAGUGUAAGGGCUUGCCGCUCGCAAUUAGGACACUAGGAAGCAUGUUACGCUAUGAGACUGAUGAAAAGAGAUGGGAGGUUCUCUUAGAAAAUGAAUUAUGGGACUUGGAACAACCAAGGAACGAAGUUUUGCCUGCGUUAGAAUUGAGCUACAAGCACAUGCCCUUGUACUUAAGACGAUGUUUUAUUGCCCUGUCUCUAUUUCCAAAAGAUCAUUCACUUGACGAUACCAAAGUUAUCCGAUUGUGGAAAUUACUUGACUUGCUUCAUUGCGAUGGAAGUGAUGACGAUUAUGAAAUUGGAAAAUUGUAUUUGAAGCAAUUAGUUCAGCGGUCAAUCCUUCAGGUUUAUAAUCGUGAACUUGGAUAUUUCUACCGCCUGCAUGAUCUUAUCCAUGAUCUUGCAUGCUUUCUUGCUGUAGAUGAGUUCUAUAGACUUGAAGGAGAUACAUCAUUUGAAAUUCCACAAACCGUUCGGUAUAUGUCCAUACCUGAAGGUGUUACAUCCAUUGAAAUUCCAAUUGUACCGCAUUCUCUCAGGGCCAUCAUAGUGAUGGCCAAACAUGUCAAAAUUAAAAAUCCAAAAGAAUUAUUUUUGAACUGUAAGAAGUUGCGAGCCCUGCACAUCGAAGAUCGCAGUCUUGUUGAGGCAUUGCCUGACUUCAUGGGUUUCUUGAAACUACUACGCCAUUUAUCAUUUGGAGUUCUCAGAGAUACACAAUCUGCAAUCCCUAUUUCUAUUUCUAUGUUUCAGUUAUAUAAUCUGCAAACAUUGGAUUUGAGUCUGUACAAUUCCCAUAAACUUGUACUAAGUGGGAUUGGGCACCUAAUUAACCUGCAUACUUUGUUGCCUGAAAUGCGUCUUAGCAGAUGUGGUUGCAGUUGUAACAUAAGAGAGCUGAGGAACAUCAACAAAAUUAGGAAGCUGCGAUUAUAUGGAUUGGGUAGCGUAUCUCAUAUCGAGGAUGCAAAUGAAGCCCAAAUGCAGAAUAAAAAGCACCUCCGAUCACUAGAUUUCGGUUUUUCGGUUGGGAUGCAGCACUGUCAAUGUAUGCUGCAACUAGAACCUGUUCCAGUAUCACACUACCAACUACUUGAGAGCUUGCAACCACAUCGCAACCUAUGUGAACUGAGCAUAUGGGACUACGAGUCCCAUAAAUACCCCUGUUGGCUAGGCAAUGAUUCCUUCACUAAGUUGACCAGAAUAGUGUUAUUCCGUUGUGGAUCCCAAUACCUCCCAACACUUGGUGGAUUACCAUCCCUUAAGUACCUCAAGGUAUGUGACAUGGUUGAUGUGGAACAGAUUGGCCAGGAAUUUUGCAGCCAUCCUACCGGACAUAAAGGCUUCCCAUCAUUGACAAACUUGGAAUUUGUGGACAUGUUCAAGUGGUCAGAGUGGUCUGGAGUGGAGGAUGGUGAUUUUCCACGAUUACAUACUCUUUCAAUCCGGUCUGCCCCUAAACUGAGGUUUCUUCCAUUUGUGCCUACUCUUCGUGAACUAUACAUUGAAGAUUGUGAUGGUCUAAGUGAACUUCCUACUCUUCCAUCACUUUUCGAAUUGUCCCUAGACGACUGUUUAAACCUGAGUGCAGUCGGUGCUCUCCCCUCACUUGCCAAAUUGAAGAUAAGGCACUGUUCGAACCUGAGUGCAGUCAGUGCCCUCCCCUCACUCACCACCUUGAAGGUCCGACAUUGUUCAAACCUGAGUGCAGUUGCUGUCCUCCCCUCACUAACCACCUUGGUGCUAAGCAGUUGUCCAGACAUGAUUGCAGUCAGUUCUCUCCCCUUACUCAAUACCUUGAAGCUAGACGACUGUACGAAUCUAAGUGCAUUCGGAUCCCUCCCUUCACUCACCACCUUGGAGCUGGGGACUCCAGUGAAAGAUGAGAUAAUGUACAGGCUGUUGAAUUACCACCCAUCUUUGGAGUGCUUAAAAAUUUUGUAUCAGACAGUCACAUGCAUCACUCUUGAGCCGCAAAAUCUGCCCUCACUUGCAACGCUCCGCUUAGGAGAUUGCCCUAAUCUGGAGUACUGCGAUGGGCUUGCUGGCCUCGCUUCCCUCAAAGAGCUAGAGGUUUGGGGGUGUCCAAAGCUCAACUAUACAUCGUUUGCACCCAACGCAACUGAAAACACUUAUCACUGAAGAUUAAUCAGCAAGCCCAUUUUUAGUUUACUGGGUGUUGGAGUCAACCUACGGAAUGCCACCACUUCUCGCUUCACGAGCCGAUGCAUUCCAAUUCAAAUUGUGUAACCAACCAGGCAAGUAUUGAAUUUGUUGGUAUUGUCUUAUGAUUCCUGAUGGCAUACUGUUUGAACCUGUUAGGCUGUAGUCUAGGCCCAAAGGCCCAUGUAUGUAAUAUAUGUGUGUAUCCAAAGAGUAUGAAUGAGUAUUCUAGAAAGUUUUCCCAAAGCCAUCUCCCAACAUGGGAUUUUGGGCCUUCUUCGGGAGACCGGAGGCGAUUUUGGGCACUGUAGCAGCAGCGCACUCGUGCGAGCCUGGCGGUGAGAUGGCGAAUGCUUUCAGGCACGCGCGCGUGAAGGACGGCGGUGGCCAGAGCAAGUGCGUCGGGAUUGGGUGCCGCUUGGGUGCUGCGUGUCUGAGAAGCGAGCUUGAGGUGCUCCGGUGGUGGUGCGUGAGGAGAGGUGCAGGGCGCGGCAGAUCUGGUGACCGGAUUGGAGGUGGCGUGAGCUGAGCUCCGUGUGUCGCAGUAGCAGGAGGUGAGCUGCUGUGUUCGUGUGUAUUUGCUGUUGGAAGAGGAGAGAGAGCAGUUUGGUGGGUGCAGAAGGAUCUGGAGUGCACGGCUGCACUCAGAGGAGUUCGUGCAGGCGGCCAGUGCGAGCGUGGCUUGGGAGCAGAGGAGUUAGCUGCUGGUGCUUGGGCUCCGGCAGAGGUCGAGCCGCAACGCUCCUGAGCACAGGUUGUGAGGAGAAAAGGAUUUGUGUUGGCUGUAGCAUUCUCUUUGCUGUUGUGUGGUGGUGUUCGGCUUGGGCAAUUGCUGUGGUGGUAUUUUAAUUUUGUUUGGCAAAAAAAAAAAGGAGAUUGGUGAUGCGCAGGUGCUGAACUGCCCCUCUAUUGAACUGAUUGAGGGUGAGAGGAAGGUGGUGUGCUUGCUGGUUGGUGAAGAAACAAACUGCAGGCUGGUUUUCUUGGUGGAUUUGGGUUUGAGUGCUGCAUUGUGCUGAUUGCAAGUGAAGGUGACCCUGGAGCAAAGAAAUUGUGCCCCAUAUAGAAACAGUUCAGAAGUUGGAACUGAUUCCAAUUGAUAUCGAACUAGAAGGCAUCAAAAAUUAUCUGGCCUGGUCUAGGAGGGCACGGUUAUUGUUGAAGGUAAAGAAACUUGAGGGUUUUAUCAAUCGAGAGACGAUUGAGCCAAGGUAUAAAUCGAGUAAUCAAUGAAAAAACUGGGAUGCUACAAAUUCUUUGGUGGUUGCAUGGAUGUUGGGCUUUAUGAUUCUAGCCAUUGCUAGCACUGUUGAUACAAUUCAAAGUGCAAUUGAAAUAUAGAAAGCUGUGGAAAAGAUGUAUUCAGGGGCUGGAAAUGUGAUGUUGAUGGUUGAAAUAGAAGACCGCCUCUAUAAUCUCAAACAGGGGGAGCAGUAUGUGAUGGACUAUAUUGGUAAGUUGAAGCGUCUAUGGAUUGAUACGGACCACUGUGAUCCUAUUGAGUUGCCACACUCUGAUUGUAUGGCUUGGGUAAAAAAGUGGAUAGAAAAAUAGAGAGUCCUUCAAUUUCUAAGGGGUCUAAAUUAUGAAUUUGAGGGAAAGCGUGCCGCUAUAUUUCAUCAACCCACUCUCCCUAGUCUAGAGGAGGCUAUAGCUGCCAUAGCGCAGGAGGAGUCGCGGCUAAAAGUGAUGAGUGAAACUACUUCACUUCCAUCUCGUCCCGCCUUUGUAGCAACAAGAAUCAAAGAGGAUAGAGAAUGUUUCAAUUGUGGUGAUAUAUGGCACUUGAUUCAUGAUUGUUCUAAGCCAUUCAAGUCCAACCGUGGAAGAGAGAGAGGCAGUGACAGAAGUGCUCCAAGAAGUGGCAGAGGCCGUGGAGGUAGAAGUGGCUACAGAGCCAAUGCAGCUACCAUAGAAGAGGAACUUUCUAAGUUAGUUAAAAAGAUUGAAAGCUCUAGUGAUAAAGAUCAAGAGGCUCACAGUGGUGACUUCAUCAACUUCGCCUACACGGAUGAAGGAGAAACAAACAGGGAGAAGCCUUGGGAGUGCAACCAGGUGUAGCAGAUUGUGGUACAUGGAUCGUGAAGAAACAAAUGAUGUAUUUUGUACUAUACUAACAGCAACAGUGGGAAAGAAGGAAGCUACGGUGAUGCUCGUGUGUUGUAGAUUGGAGCAUCUUUCUUUUGAUAAAAUAUGCAAAGCUUUUCCUAAUGUAAUGGGUGGGGUGAAUAAGAACAAACUAUUUUAUGAUGUUUGUUGAGUUUACAAAACACACAAGGACAUCAUAUGUGAGUAGGGGCAUCAGGAAUGUGUCUCCUUUUGUGCUAGUUCAUUUAGAUGUCUGGAUAUGUGCUGUGGUUUCUAUUAGUGGGCUGAAGUACUUCGUUACUUUUAUUGAUUAUUUUUCUUGAA